AUGUUCCGCACUGUUCCCCGCAUGGCUGGAUUCGUGUUCCGCGAGAACCGUGUCCCUUACUACCAGCGUCUCUUCCAGCAGCACGAUGGCAAGCGUCAGUGGUGGAAGACCGAGCGUAGCAAGUACCUCAUGUACCCCUACCUCCUCUCCGUUUACGGUUUGGGCAUUGCCACCACCUAUGCCAUGUGCCGUAUGGUUCUUGUUAGUAUCCCUCGCUCGUUACGACAUCCCUGGAGCCGGAUAUCCUCGCGGCUUGUGCGAGGCCACAAGACCUGGUUCGGCAAGAACUAG